AUGGAAGCAAACGACAUUGCACCUUUAACCUUAUUCUAUGGAGUAAUCUUAGAUCCCAGCAAUGGUCCGGUUCAGUCCGGCCGCCAAGCCAUUCAUGCGGUUGGUUUAAAGGAGGCAAGUCGCGUCGCUAGCCACGAUGAGUCUAUCAAAUCGAAGAGCUACAGUUUGAUCGAGGAAGUCGAAGAAGAGCCAAUCAUUGAAGAUCAAUACUCACCAAAUCGACUCGGCGCCCAUUAUUCGCACAUGGGAUGGCUACCUCCAGACUCGCUACCUGAAAGGCCAUGGAGUACCCAAAAUAUCAUACUACAGCCUCUUGAUGUUGGCCGAUGGGUAACAAGAAGGAUCCUGGCUGGAAUGUGGUCGGUUGAGCUACAAGUAUCUGAAAUAGCCCCUGAAGAUGCACUUGUCAAAGAUGUAGAGUCUGCCUUGGCACACCCUAAUUCAAGUUCUCGAAUUCGUGCUCUCAGGAAUGUUUUUGACUCGUGGGGAGAGUUAAUCCCCGUGGCUAUCAUAGUAGGAGCCGCAAUUUCUGCGACCGGAAUACUGGAGACAAAAAUUACUCUCGAACCAGCUUCGCUUCACAGGCAUCAGCCCCAUGUACCUAACUCAGGCGACUUCAAUAGUUUCAUCGAAACACAGUUACAGCUACGGGGUAAAGUUGAAAAGAUAUCGUACCACCUAACAGGUAGCAGGCCGGACCUAUUGUUCAGAGAGGGUUUGGAUGUCUGGCUGAAAAACAUCAGGACCACGCGACAAUGGGAAAUCAUCAAAGUCACUAAAGCUAUUCCUGUUACGGAAAUAUUCGACUCCAGAAUACAAGAAAGAAUAAAGGCACUCUUCGCGAACCUUAGUUGUGUAUUUUAUUCGCCUUUGGUCGGGGUACCACAGACGGCCGCGUUCAAAAGCAUCGGAAGUGAACCCAACUCCAUUCGACGAAUAGAGAUAGGCUUCUCAGACGCGCGCAUUCAAAGUCUUUCUCUUCAUUAUACAAACGGGCUAAUUGCUGGACCAUACGGAUGUUUGGAAGGAUCCGCCAGAACUGAUCGAAUUGAUCUAGCUCAAGGUGAAACUAUCACAGAAAUUUUUGUAUGGCCCACCGACUAUUCUAUUGGCUCACUUCAACUAGUGAAGAAUACCGGAUAUAUCUCUCCCAUUUAUGGUGCGGUGCAAGGCGUAACUCGAUCACCCCAUCUACUCAGCGGAGACGGAAACUCGCUUUUAGGACUCUCAGGUAGCUAUUCCGCAAUUGGGAUCACGGAACUUCAGGCUAUAUGGCGAAAUAAUUAUGAAGUGAUCAAUUACAAAUAUACAACGACUUUUGCCGGUGGACAGGGCGGAAACCUCUGGAAUGAUUUGGGGUUGAUUGGAGAUCGACGUACGGCACGGAUUUCCGAGAUUAAAACGUGGAGUCCUUACAUAGGAUUUCUUAGUGGGUUUCAGACAACAUAUACCUUUAUCGCUGGUGGCCAUCAGGUCGAACAGCGGAGUGCUAUUCACGGGACAGAAGAAGGCAAGGUAACUAAAUGGGUUCUCGAAGAAGGGGAAUAUAUCACGGGUGUUUGUGGACGAUGUGAUGGGAUAUCUAUUUGUGAACUUCGGUUCAUAACUAAUCGACCCAGUCGUACGUCCCAGUUUACAACUAUCCUUCAGCUCUAA